GUGUAGUGGAAUGUAGUUGCCAUUAGUGGGAGUUGAGCUGAGGCUGGCUAACAGCUAGCCUGCUAUGUUGAGUCUGAGCUGGAGACACAGAGGACAGGGAUGAAAACAUGCCUCACUUCACAGUGGUACCGGUGAAGGAUCAAGCUCAGUCCAGCUACGACAGUCUAGAGGGGAUUAAUUGGGUGGAUUACAGGGACACUGGACAGGACUACCCUGAUCAUCAAGAUACUGUCAGCUCUGAUGGACAUGGGAAUCAUAAAGAAGACAGCCCAUUUCUCAACAGUGCUGAUGCUGCUAGCAAGAAGAAUGACUUCUAUGACAGGAACUUGGCAUUGUUUGAGGAAGAGCUGGACAUCCGGCCGAAGGUUUCCUCUCUGCUCAGCCGCUUGGUCAGCUACACAAGCAUCACCCAGGGAGCCAAGGAACAUGAGGAGGAGGAGAGCGCUCAGACCUCACGUAGGAAGAUCCCCAAGUCUCCCAACAUGGGCACUCUGAUGGGAGUCUACUUGCCGUGUCUCCAGAACAUCUUUGGUGUCAUUCUUUUCCUCCGACUGACGUGGAUUGUUGGAAUGGCUGGCAUCAUGCAGUCCCUCCUGAUUGUCCUCAUGUGCUGCUCAUGUACAAUGCUCACUGCCAUAUCAAUGAGUGCCAUUGCUACUAAUGGUGUUGUUCCAGCUGGAGGGGCAUACUUCAUGAUCUCACGCUCCCUUGGCCCUGAGUUUGGAGGAGCUGUGGGGCUGUGCUUCUACUUGGGCACCACCUUUGCUUCUGCCAUGUACAUACUGGGUGCCAUCGAAAUCUUCUUGAAAUAUCUGGUCCCCCAGGCAGCCAUCUUUCACACCACAGACCCCCCUGGGAGUGACAGUGCCAUGCUGAACAAUAUGCGAGUCUACGGUUCUAUCUGCCUCAGCCUAAUGGCUGUGGUGGUUUUUGUAGGAGUCAAAUAUGUCAACAAGCUGGCCUCUCUUUUCCUGGCCUGUGUCAUUAUCUCAAUUGUCUCCAUAUAUGCUGGGGCAUUCAAAUCCAUGACUCAUCCGCCAGAAUUCUCGAUCUGCAUGCUGGGAAACAGGACUCUGGUGAGAGAUCGAUUUGAUGUGUGUGCUAAGACUGUGAUAAAGGGCAACAUCACGGUGCCCAGUCAGCUGUGGGACAGGUUCUGUCUGCCAGGGAACAUGAGCAGCGCUCAGUGUGAUGACUACUUUAUCCAGAACAAUGUGACAGAGAUACAGGGCAUCCCUGGACUGGGCAGUGGGAUUAUUAGAGAAAACAUGUGGGGCAACUACCAGCAGAAAGGGGAGAUCUUAGAGAAAGCGGGGCUACAGUCAGUGGAUGCCCAUGGUGCCGUGGAGAACUUUGGCAUGUAUGUGUCAGCAGACAUCGCUACAUCAUUCACACUACUGGUGGGGAUCUUCUUCCCGUCUGCCACAGGUAUCAUGGCAGGCUCCAACAGAUCUGGUGAUCUCCGUGAUGCCCAAAAGUCCAUCCCUGUGGGAACUAUCUUAGCAAUUACUACUACUUCCCUUGUUUAUCUAAGUUCUGUGGUCCUGUUUGGAUCUUGUAUUGAAGGAGUAGUCCUUAGAGACAAGUUUGGGGACGCCGUAAGAAAAAACUUGGUUGUGGGAACGCUCUCCUGGCCGUCUCCUUGGGUUAUUGUCAUUGGCUCUUUCUUCUCUACAGUUGGCGCGGGCCUUCAGUCCCUCACUGGGGCUCCCCGUCUUCUACAGGCUAUUGCGAAGGACAACAUCAUUCCUUUCCUCAGGGUGUUUGGUCAUGGCAAGACCAAUGGAGAGCCUACAUGGGCACUACUACUGACUGGUCUCAUAGCUGAGCUGGGCAUCCUUAUUGCCUCACUGGAUAUGGUGGCUCCUAUCCUUUCCAUGUUCUUCUUGAUGUGCUAUCUCUUUGUGAACUUAGCCUGUGCAGUUCAGACUCUUUUACGAACACCCAACUGGAGGCCAAGGUUUAAAUAUUACCACUGGGCUCUGUCCUUCCUUGGCAUGAGUAUGUGUCUGGCUCUAAUGUUCAUCUCCUCCUGGUACUAUGCUAUUGUGGCCAUGGGUAUUGCUGGGAUGAUCUACAAGUACAUUGAGUACCAGGGAGCAGAGAAGGAGUGGGGAGACGGUAUAAGAGGACUGUCCCUUAGCGCUGCACGGUACGCCCUCUUAAGACUAGAGGCUGGACCCCCGCACACCAAGAACUGGAGACCUCAGCUGUUGGUACUGUUAAAGCUGGAUGAGGAUCUCCAUGUAAAAUAUCCUCGACUGCUCACCUUUGCCUCACAGCUGAAGGCAGGAAAGGGUUUGACCAUUGUGGGCUCUGUCAUCCAGGGCAACUUCCUGGACAGCUAUGGGGAAAUGCAGGCAGCUGAACAGGCCAUUAAGAAUAUGAUGGAGAUCGAGCGAGUCAAGGGUUUCUGCCAAAUCGUAGUGGCAUCUAAGGUGCGGGAGGGUGUUGUCCAUCUGAUCCAGUCCUGUGGUCUGGGGGGCAUGAAGCACAACACUGUGGUGAUGGGCUGGCCGUAUGGCUGGAGACAGAGUGAGGACCCUCGUGCCUGGAAGACUUUUAUCAACACAGUCCGCUGCACAACAGCUGCCCACCUGGCCCUAAUGGUGCCCAAAAAUGUGUCCUUCUACCCGAGCAACCAUGAACGCUUCACAGAUGGCAACAUUGACGUGUGGUGGAUCGUCCAUGAUGGGGGGAUGCUAAUGCUGCUGCCUUUCCUACUCAAACAGCAUAAAGUUUGGAGGAAAUGCAAGAUGCGCAUCUUCACUGUAGCCCAGAUGGAUGACAACAGUAUCCAGAUGAAGAAAGAUCUGGCCACGUUCCUUUACCAGCUGAGAAUAGAGGCUGAGGUGGAGGUGGUGGAGAUGCAUAACAGUGACAUCUCAGCAUACACCUAUGAGCGAACGUUAAUGAUGGAGCAGAGGUCCCAGAUGUUGAGGCAAAUGAGGCUGUCCAGUGCAGAAAGACAAAGAGAGGCCCAGCUGGUUAAGGACAGACACUCUUUGGUGCGUAUGGGAAGUCUAUACUCAGAUGAGGAGGAGGAGGUGGUGGAGGCUCCUCCAGAGAAGGUUCAGAUGACAUGGACACGAGAGAAGUGUGAGGCUGAGAGGAGGAACAGGAACAACGCACCCGAGAACUUCAGAGAACUCAUGAGCCUCAAACCGGAUCAGUCCAAUGUGCGGCGAAUGCAUACGGCUGUGAAGCUGAAUGAGGUAAUAGUUAACAGGUCCCAUGAUGCUCGAUUAGUGCUGCUCAACAUGCCAGGGCCACCUCGAAACACAGACGGAGAUGAGAACUAUAUGGAGUUUCUGGAGGUGUUGACUGAAGGCCUGGAAAGAGUGCUGCUGGUCCGAGGCGGAGGUCGGGAGGUUAUCACUAUCUACUCAUGACCAAUUAUUAGCUGCUACACAAGAGCAUCUGCCUCAACAGAAUACAUUCCAGACAGUUCUGGGCAGAUGCAUGAAUUUGACACUUUUAUUGUGAAGUAUGGACUUUUCAGUACAUAAGAGGUUUAUUCUAUUCUUGUAGAAUAUUGGGACACACUAGUGUACAUAUCCACCUGUAUGUUCACAGCUCUGCCAUACUUCACAAAUCAAAACUGUUAUUUUUCUCCCUCAGAAAUCAAUGCUUGUAUGUCAAACACAAACUUUAGAUAAGCAUUUUCUUAUUUAUAGGUCACAAAUACGUCUUCAUAUGUGAUAAUAAACCUAUAUUUGACAAUUUGGCAGACAGAACUGUCCUGAGUUGUACAUGUUGUUUUAACAGUAUGGCAGAUUUUUAUUCUAAAACAGGUCAUUGAUUAUUUUGCAAGCACAUCUCUAUUUAUUUAUUUAUUUUUUCAACAUGUCCCCACUGAGGUAAAUAAAAUGUUGUGGAAUGCCAGAGAUCAUAAAGAAGGUUUUAAAAAAAGAGUUAUACUUUAUGAUUUUUUGGACAGAUAUUUGUGUUGUUGAUAAGAGAAACAAAUGUUAAAUUUGUACUUCUUCUACAGACCUGAAAAGAUUAUAUGCACACAAAAAAGAUAUCUUAAUUUAAAGUUAUAAUCCUUACAAUUUUCAUGAAAUCAAACCACAUUUUUGAUACUAUUUAUGGUUGACAUGUUUUUUUAAAGGUAUUUACAAUAGCAUACCUACAACGUAAGUUUGUUUGGUUUUACUGUAAACAGAUACACCAGUCGCUAUUGUGUUGUAUUUCUGACGAAGUUGCUGCUCGAGGAGUGUUUGCUGUAGUAUUAAAUAGCACUUGCUGUUACCACGGUAACCACAGAUGUCGCCAAGUCAACCAAGACUGAAAUCUUAAGGAUUACAACUCUAAGCAAUUGUGAUCUCAGCUAACUGAGACUUUCAGGCCCUGUUUUGUGCCUUUUCAGGUCUUUUUCUAAUAAACUGCGUAUGAUCAAUAUUUCAAACCAGCAUACAGUGUAGAGAACAACUGUUUAUUGUUAUUUAGACUAAACGAUCUGUACAAGCCAAGAGCGUUUUAUAUGUAAGGGGUAAACCAUGACAAGGUGUGCAGUUAUUAAAAGCCAAUCACAGAAUGCUAAGAAUGCUCCUAUUCUAUCCUUCACUUUAAUUUUAACAAAAACAGAUUUUUGUUCAUUUUUUUUUUGUCAGACCAGCAUAGGUUGGAGUUGAUGAUCCCACUUAAACCACUGACACUUGCCAGCAAUCCAAUUAUACGUUUUUAAUCAUAAAACAUUUGGCACAAUACACUCUUUAAAUGGAAACUUUAUGUUGGCAGUAUUUUAGUGAAGCCCUGAGUACAAAGUUUUGAAGAUAGAUAAGGCUAUUACGUCAAAGCUGUGUGGUUAUGUGAAAAUCAUGCACAUGGUGCAGAGGUUAAUAAAACAUCAAAAUGAGCUUACCAAAGCAAAUUCAUAUCAACUUUGUUGGCAAUACAAUAUUGAAUCUGAAUCUUAACAAGGCAGGUUUCACAACAUUGCUUUGAGUAACUGCUGUUCUAAGGUUUUGUUUUCAUUAUUUCUAUGUGCAAAUAUUUAAAUAAGAAAAAGAAAAGUAGUUUUCUGUUUUGGCCAAAGGGCAGUUUAGCUCACACAAAAAUACACACUAUGUUUUGUAAACUUCUAUAACAUCUUAUUAUGCUGUAAGAUAAAAUAAAAAGAACAUUUGUUUACAAA